AUGCGACCAAAGCUGUCGCGAAAGAGGCCGGCAUCCGCCGACAUCGUGAGGGAACGAGACCGAGGCGUACAAGGACGAACGUACUUCGACCAGAUUGAUGUCAUUCAGGAGGUUGCCGAUGCGCCCUCGGUGGUGGAACCAACGUGGCAGCAGCAGAAGAAGCAGCAGCGUCGGCGGCGGCAGCAGGAGCAGCCUCCUGGAGAAAGGGGAGGGGUAGAAAUUACCGGCUCGCCUAUCGAAAGCGCUAGGCAUGUACCGGCGGUGGGUGUGGAGGUCGCGGAGACCAACAGCGGGCGACAACAACGGCGGUGUGCCGCUGACUCUUCUCGACGGCCAAAAAGCGCCUACCCUCGACUGGAGGACGGGGGGGCUCGACCGGGGGGUGGCGGCGCGUUGUUUGGAAUGGGCGAUCCGGGUAGCAGUUGUAGGAACGGUAACAAUAGGAGCUCUCGCGUUGGUCGUAUCCGGUCGCUCAGCGCACGAGCAUCGGAAGGCCUCGCGUCGUUGGCGCCCCUGUUGAACAAGGCUUCACGGGAUCAUAAUGAUGGCGAUGACCAGUGCUCGGGAGAGUUGAGAGGGGCGAAAGAGUUGACUGUGACGAAGAAGGUGGAGGACAACGGUAGGGUGGUGACCGAAGGAGUGGCCAACGACAAGUCUUCCACACGGCGAGGACCGAGUGGCAAUGCGACGGGGACGAUGAUGACGAAUAGCACCUCAACUCGGCCACGCUCGGAGAAGGCGAGUGUAGUAGAAGGUAGUGACAAGCCCAGCGGCGGCAUGGGCUUGUCUAGUGGCCAAACUAACCGCUUUGAUUCUUCGAGCAACAACAACGGCAGCACCGGCAGCAACAACAACGGCAGCACCGGCGGCAACAACGGCGGCGAGGGCGAGGAAGUUAUCAAAAUUCACGCGAGUUGCAACCCGAAGCUCUCCCUCGCGCAGCAAGAAAGGUGGACAGCACAAGACAAAGGUCGAGAACCUACCCCUCGCGACAACAGUCGCGGCGGCAAGCUCUACCGCAUCGAUCCCGACUCCGACGGGCAACGGCAGCACCAGAUAUCGACUCUUUUGGGAUGCUCUGAGCCCUGGUACCACGUCAACAACAGCGAUCCGUGUCUCGACAACGGCCGCGACGGCAAGCUGUACAUGGAGCUGGACAACGGCCGGGACGGAAAGCUGUAUCUCGAGACCGAAAGCGUCGACGGAGACGCACACGGGGAAGGCAAAGUAGCAUCAUCGCCUGCCGAGUGGGCGGCGACGGUGAAGCAUGACAGCGAGCAGGAGGGGAAACUUGGGGAAACGAGAGCUGAAAAUCUUGAGGGGAAAAUAGUCGACAAGGUGGAUUCGACGGAGGAGAGGGAAGCGCCGGGCAAACCGGGAAGCGUUGAAACGCCGGCGCCGGAACGACUUCUUGCCGAGGCUGCUAGGACCAUCCAAAAGGCGGUCAGCGGCGAGGUUCUUCGACGACGGUCCAGUGGGGAAACGGGAGUAGUAGACGGUGGAGAGGGAGAACGCAGGAAGACGUUACCAGAACUGUUUCUGUUGGACCGGGACAGGAUUGAGUGUCAGGCACUGACGGAGAGGGGUCCGGGCAGCGAACAGGAGGGAGGUUUGACCCCGGGCACGGAGAGCGUAGCUGUUCCUGUUUCGGAGGACGUGGGUACUUUCGCCGACGCUGUCGCCAAGGAACGCCGUACCCGUGCGCGUGAGGCAAUCAAUCGCCACGUUCUGGCAGCCUCCGCCAUUCGCACCUGGAUCGCUCGCGCGUGCUUGGCGCGACGACUCCGCCAAAGGCGUCGCGUCCGAGAUGGCCUCAAGGUCCGGUGGGAGCCUGAGAUCCACCGAAUAGCGGCGACUCGGAUACAGGCGUUGGCGCGAGGGGCGGCGGGGCGGCGGGCGCGGGGGAAGGUAGAGCGGGCAGCGGUCGAGAUCCAGCGGGUCGAGAGAGGGCGGAGGGGACGCUCGGCGGCGAAUGAGCUUGCUCGCAAGAGCCUUGAGGAGCGCAGUGCGUCGUGCGGGGAUAUCCAGAGGUUGUUCCGAGGUCACAAGGGUCGGCAGCAAGCUCUUAAGAAAAGGAAAAUUGCUUGGGAGGAGGACAUGGCGCGCCAGGGCGCGGCGGGAGUGCUACAGGGCGCUUGGCGUCGCUGCCCGAGCAGGCACCGGCUCGUCCAACAACAGCAGCAGGAGCAGGAAUACACCGGAAAGAAAAGUGCCACAGAAUCAUCGUUAGAAGGCGUAGUUUUGCCCUUGAUGACAUCUGCGGCUGGUGCAAAGCAUAACCCUUCAGCCGAAGAGCCACCUCGCCAGCAGCUGUGGCAAGGAGCUGAGACGAGUUGUGCUGUAUAUAGCUUAUGGGGCGCGUUCACCUCUCUGGUGGCGGCAGCAGCGACCCGUCGCGUCGUGCGUGGAGCCGUCGGCCGGGCUCUCUUUUCUCCGGCGGCCGCCACACUUGCCGCUUUCAACAGGGGCUACCGUAGCAUACUAUCGUCGACGUUACCGACGUCACCGUCGUCGAGUAAACGAAUGUUAACUCCACCCGACCCGGCGUCCUUCGACGGCGCGCUGGGCACCAAGACGAAGCUGGCCUUGGCCACCCGCAGGAUGGUCGGGGCGGUACGCGCGCGCACAAGCUCAAUCUUGGCCGUUCGAUCCGUGGCUAGGAGGUUAUUGGAUGGUGUCCACAGUGACGGCGAAAGGGGGGCUACUGCUGCUGCUGCGGGGCCUGGUUGUGGUAGUGGAGUCGUGGACGACGACGAGAGGCGGGUAGGCGGGACGGCGAAGAGGGUUGCUGAAGAGACUGUGUCUGUGGUGUUGGAGAUGGCUCAGGAAUGCCUGGAAGCCCUCAGCAGCCUGCACGAUGAUUAUCCAUUGGCUGGGCUAAGUGAUGGAGCAUUCGCGGAACGGGUAACGAUGGUUUUGUCGGGAACGCUUGAGAGCUUAGUAGACCACCUGGGUGAGAUGAAAGCGUUGAAUCUGGCGCGUGGACAAGAAGCAGAAACGAGUACCGUCAUUGGUGGUGACGACGGGAGUGGGAAUCUUCUGGACGGUCUCACCCAUGAUCGGCAUGAUCCCUCUCUUCGCCGACCACUUGCCCUCCCCGCGGGGCUUCUCGGAGCGCUUGCUUCAUCUUCGACGGCGUCUCUGCUGUCCCACCCUGACAUUUUCGAGCUCGUCGGUCAGAAUCUCAGCCUUGACGAGGAAGACGAGAGUCGUGGUAGUGUUAAUGAUCGCCCUCGCAGCGGUGAGUCGGACGGGAACGGUGGGGAAAGAAGCAACGAUGAGGACUGCUAUUCUCGACUCGUGGCGGAAGCGUACUGCAGCUUCCUGCUCGUGUCGAGGAACGGUGAAGGCCGUGGCGGCGGUGACAGCGACAACGGCGACGGUGCCAAGCUGUCCGAGGGCGAGACUUCCGAGUCCGGCUGUCAACAACCUGAGAAGGGCGGCGAAGGAAAGAUCUCGAUCACGGCUACGAGAAGGCUGCAACAACCUUGUCCGCCGUCGCCUACUACGCUGACGAACGGGCGUUUACGAUUCUUGCGGUCGAUCACUGAGCUGAUCGACCGCGCUGCGGAGGAGAUUGUGCGCGGCGUGGACUCGUGUGCUCGUCUUGGCGGUGGCAAGUGCUUCGAUGCCGACGUCCGCCGAAUGACGAACGAUCUGUGGAGGCUGACCCGACGUGGAAUGACACCGUCUGCCACCGUCCCCGACGACGAAGACGAAGACGCGGAAUUCAAGUGA